CAGCAAUUAAAAGUUGGACGCAGAAACUCAGAAGAAGAAAAAAAAAAAGACGAUAAAUAUCCAUUAAUCAUCUCUCUCUCUCUUCUCUGUUCACCGUUCUUCUUCUUCUUCUUCUUCAGUACAAACCUCCUUUCUUACAUCCUCAAGCUCUUAUCUCCUCCUCCUUAGUUUUACACAACAAAGAACCAUACGAGAGGAGAAAGAAAGAUUAAAUACAAGUUGACGUUGAAGACAAGACAAGGAAAGUUCGUAGCUUUCAUGGAUUCAAAUCAUCUCUACGACCCGAAUCACACACCUUCUACCGGGUCGGGUCUUCUUCGCUUUCGUUCAGCUCCAAGCUCUGUUCUCGCCACUUUCGUUGCCGACGACGACGACGAGAGCGGACUUGACUCCGACAGGUUGCUUUCAAGAUUCGCCAGCUCUAAUGGUCCCAGCGAGUUCGAGGCUAAGUCCUCUGUCACCUCUGUUUCAUACGCCGCCACUCUUCCUCCGCCGCCGCAGCUGCCUGAGCCGUCGGGAUUUCUCGGUUUGCCGCCGCAUUAUCCGAGACAGAGCAAGGGGAUGAUGAACACGAUUGGUUUGGAUCAGUUUCUCAAUGAUCAUCACGCCAAACCUGUUGAAUCAAACCUUCUCCGGCAAAGCAGCUCUCCGGCGGGGAUGUUCACGAACCUAACUGCUCAAAACGGUUAUGGCUCAGUGAGGAGUUUGAUGAACUACGAAGAAGACGAACAGAGUCCAUCUAGUUCCAAUGAGUUAAGACGCCACAAUAGCCUCUCUUCAAGGCCACCUUCUUCUCUGGGAAUGCUCUCUCAGAUACCUGAAAUCGCCUCUGAAAGUAGUUUUCAAUAUAACCAUUGGAAUGAUCCAGCCAGCUUCAUCGAUAACUUGUCAUCUCUCAAAAGAGAAACAGAGGACGACGGCAAAUUGUUCCAGAAUGGAGAGUCUGGAAAUCGAAUGCAUCACUUGAGUCUACCUAACGCAUCAUCUACAACCUCGGACAUGGUUUCAGUGGAUAAGUACAUGCAGCUACAAGACUCUGUUCCUUGUAGGAUUAGAGCCAAACGUGGUUGCGCCACACAUCCUCGAAGCAUUGCUGAACGGGUAAGAAGAACAAAGAUAAGCGAACGAAUGAGGAAACUACAAGAGCUUGUUCCUAAUAUGGACAAGCAAACGAAUACUGCGGGUAUGUUGGAUUUAGCUGUGGAUUACAUCAAAGAUUUACAAAGACAGUAUAAGAUUCUGAAUGAGAACAGAGCUAACUGCAAGUGUAUGAACAAGGAGAAGAAUUUGAUAUAGCUUGCAACAAGGUGUGUGUGUGUAUAUAGAACUAAAGAAAGCAAUGAGAGAAAGGAUAAGAAAGAAACAAUGUACUCUUGAAUUUUUUUUUUAGCCGAAACAUAGCAAAUUGUCUUAUGUAAGCUCCUAGAAAAAAAUUGCUUAUGCUUUUAACAAAUGCUAAGCAAUAAUAUAGGAAUCCAAUCAUUUCUCUUUUCUU